CAGUCAGUCAGUCUGUCUGUUUGUCUGUCUGUCUCUCUGCACCCGAAAGCCCCUGUGAGGAUCCCGCGAUGCUCCUGAACCGCUGCAACACGCCCUGACCUCAUCCGAACGGCGCAUCGCAACUUUUAAACCCAAAUGCAACUUUUAGGACUUUUAUUCCCAAUAUGCAAGCUCUCGACUUUCUGACGCGCCUUUUGCACGCGUGUGGCAUUUCUGACAUCGUGUUGCGAGUGGGAUAAAAAAGCGCACAGGCGCAGAGGCUGGUGGAGAUAAAUUCAGUGGGAGAUGAGAUGAGAUGAGGGGGGCUUGAUUCCGAUUCCUAUCUCAACUCUGAUUGAUUACUUAUUAGUCACCCCCCUCCCUCCCUUUGGAUCCCAGAUCCGUUCAAAAGGCAACGUGGAGCGCAGAAAUGAACGCACUGCCAAGCGCGCUUGCGAGCUCCGAUCCGAACAGAAGACUCACUUUGGUAAGCAUGAGGAACAUGGUGCUGCUUUAUAGAGACUAAUCAUAAGAGCGCCGGUGCUUGGGUUUGUUCAACUCGGACUCGGAUCUUCGCCUUGACAGCUGCUGAGAGGAAAAUCUAGAACUUGCGUGCGUCCUUGCACGUUUCCAAAUCCCCCCCUCCCCUUUCUUUCUUUUUCUGGAGAUAAAAACAAACUAACGAAAAACAUUAUGAAAGUGUGGACUUUCCUGCCGUGGCUUCCUUGCCUCGUUAUACUGAUCCUGUGCGUCGGGUCGGAGUGCGGCCCCGUGUGGAGGAAAGGUCGGUCCAAGCGAGAGCUCGUGAAGCUCCGGGAGGCUCGGGCGAACGUGCCGGGCGCGUGCGCCACCCGCCUUCCACGCGGCAAGCGCUCUGUGCCGGGGCUCGAGCGGCGUCUGCCCCGUCAGCGCCGGCGCGCCUCCGCGACAGACGAGAGCGACGACCCGUCCGUCUCAACCGCGUCUUCCGCGCACGGCCACGCUGUUUACUUCACGGGACGUGGAGACCAGCUGCGCCUCAGACCGGCGGAGGAAAUCCCGAGAGGAAACUUUACGCUGGGGAUGUGGGUGAAGCCCGAAGGAGGACAGCGCUCCCCCGCCGUGAUUGCAGGUCUUUUUGAUAAGUGUUUCUAUGCUUCGAGCGAUCGAGGUUGGCUACUGGGUAUCAAGACAGUUAGCGAGCAUGGCAACCGAGACCCUCGCUUCUUCUUCUCUCUCAAGACGGAUCGUGCACAUAAGGUCACCUCUAUCCACUCCAACACCCCUUACCUGCCUGGUCACUGGGCCCACGUGGCAAUCACGUAUGAUGGCAUUUAUAUGAGACUGUUUGUGAAUGGCGCUCAGACUGCUGUCAGCAGAGAACAGUCUGGAGAUGUCUUCUGCUCUCUUACUAAGAAGUGUAAGGUGUUGAUGGUCGGUGGAAAUGCCUUGAACCAUAAUUACCGAGGUUCUGUUGAGCAAGUGACUCUGUGGCGUCACGCCCUCUCCCAGCGCCAGAUCAUAAAGGACAUGCAUGGUCAUGAGGACUCUCACUAUCAAAUGGAUCUCAUCAUCCGGGAGAAUUUUGAGCACCCUGAGCGCAAGUGGCUGGUAGUGAAGGAUGGGAAUUUCCCGCAGCCGGACAAAGGCCCUCGGGCUGGGCUGACCUCUCUGGACACGACCCUAGAGCCACCAGCCUGUGGGCAGACAGUGUGCGAUAAUGUGCAGGUUGUGCACAACUACAACCACUUUUGGACCUUCCGGAGACCCAAGAUUGUGCGGUACCGUGUGAUCAACGUGUACGAUGAUGAGUACCGUAGGCCAACCGUGACUGAUCAGCAGAUCUAUUUGCAGCACCAGGAAUUGAACGAAGCCUUCGCUAUGUACAACAUCACCUGGGAGCUGACAGUUCAUAAUGUUAGCAACUCUACGCUGCGUUCCCGGUUAGUUCUAGCCAACUGUGAUAUCAGUAAGGUGGGAGAUGAGGACUGCGAUCCAGAGUGUAACCACACCCUGACUGGUUUCGAUGCCGGAUACUGCAAGCCCAGAGCCCGCUGUGCUGAGCACAAGCCAGGCAACGGUGUGUGUGAUCCAGAAUGCAACUGGGAUAACUUUGCCUACGAUAAAGAUGACUGCUGUAACCCCAAUAUUACUGAUGUCACCAAGACUUGCUUCAAUCCUGCCUCACAUUUAAGGGCCUACCUGGACGUGAAAGAGUUAAAAGACAUCCUCAGAGUGGACGGCUCUACACACCUGAACAUCUUCUUUGCCAAUUCCACUAACGAGGACCUAGCUGGAGUAGCCACCUGGCCGUGGGACAAGGAGGCCCUGACCCAUCUUGGAGGCAUCGUGUUAAAUCCGUCUUUCUAUGGCACGUUUGGACACACUCACACCAUGAUCCAUGAAAUCGGACACAGCCUGGGCUUGUACCAUGUCUUCAGGGGCAUUUCAGAGAUCGAGUCCUGCAACGAUGCCUGUUUAGAGAUGGAGCCUUCGCUGGAAACAGGGGACUUGUGCGCCGACACGAACCCCACACCAAAGUACAAGCACUGUCGAGACCCCGAGCCUGGAAAUGAGACCUGUGGCUGCAGCAACUUUAUCCACACACCUUUCAAUAAUUAUAUGAGUUAUGCAGAUGACACUUGCACGGAUUCGUUUACUGAAAACCAAGUGGCUCGCAUGCACUGCUACUUGGACCUGGUUUAUCAGACAUGGCAGCCCAACUAUAAGCCCCCUCCUGUCCCCAUGGCACCCCGUGUGGUGGAACAACGUCAGGACUCGGUCGCUGUGGAGUGGUUCCCUCCAAUCACGGGCCACUUCUAUGACAGAGAAGUGGGAUCAGUGUGUGAUAAAUGUGCCGAAGGCCGAGUCUUUCUCCAGUAUGCCUCUAACUCCUGGUCUCCGCGUCCCUGCUUGCCUUCAGGACACUGGAGCCCACGGGAAGCUGAAGGUCCACCAGACGUGGAGCAAGCAUGUGAGCCAAGUGUUCGUACUUGGAGCCCACACAAUGGCAUGGAGGUGGGCCUGGUACCGCCACCGUGCCCACUGCAGGGCUGCAUGCUCCAGCUGGAAUUUGCAUACCCGGUCAUUCCUGAGUUGCUCACAGUCUGGGUGACAUUUUGUUCUUCAGAGGAGAUGGCUCUUCCCGCCAUCCACAACAUUAUAUUGCUUUGUGUAGGCGGGCAUAACCUCUCUCUGGGACCCAGCGAUGUGUUCUGUGACACGCCUCUGACCAUCAAGCUGGACGUAAACGAGAAGGUGUACGGCGUGCAGUUCUUCACCAUGGAACAGCACCUGGAAAUUGAUGCCACUUUGCUCACAUCUAAGCCCAGCUGCCCUCUGUGCCAGGAUUGUGAGGAGCUGCAUUACAGACUCCUGCGGCAGCCGGCAUUCAGUCACUCUCCCAAAGGCAUCGAGCUCGGUGACGCGGCACGCAGAUACGUGGACAGGGACGUGGUGUAUGGCGUGAUGUACACCUACCAGGUUCAGACAAUCUCCAGAUGGGGAGACAGCGAACCGUCUCCUCCUCUAUUGCACCAUCUUGGAGCGCCAUACUGUGGAGAUGGGAUCAUCCAAAGUUCCCAAGGAGAGCAGUGUGAUGAUAAGAACAGCGUAAAUGGGGACGGCUGUUCGAGUCGGUGUAGGAAAGAGCCGUUCUUCAACUGCGUAGGCGAACCCAGCAUGUGCUACUACUAUGACGGAGAUGGAGUUUGUGAGGACUUUGAACGGGAGGCAAGUGUAAGGGACUGUGGUCUAUACACCCCGAGCGGUUUCCUGGAUCAGUGGGCCACGACGGUUGAGACGUCCCACGAGGAAAGGCUCUACUGCCCAGCCGAGGUGGCAUCGGGAUACCCUGCGAUCACCAAGACCUGCCAGUCCAAGGUGUAUGACUUGUCUCACGGCAUUUCCCAGUAUGCCUGGUUUCCUUGUCGUGAAGCCCAGCAGGUUUCCUGGUACCUGGUUUCCCGCCCAUACUGGCUGAAGGCGUUUUUCUCACACCCGAUGGUAGCCACGGCAGUCAUCAUCCACCUGGCGGCGGACGGGACGACCAUUUUUGACUCGGUGCAACCUCAGACGCAGUGCAACAUCUCUGUACAGCUGGAGGACACCAAGGACAAGAUCCACAACUUAGGUAACUGGCGACUUAGUUGCCGCACCAACCCGCUGGUGAUCCCCGUGAGUCAUGACCUCAGCAUGGCUUUCUACCACACCAAGGCUAUCCUCCUGAUCUUUCGCUGCCCAUUGGUGGCCAUCUCUGGUGUGGGUCUACGUUCCUUCCAGUUUUUCGACCCUAUCACCAUCAGCAGCUGCCAGAGCAAUGAGAUCUAUAACCCCAUGGGCCAAAGUUGCGUUCAUUACUCCUGCGAGGCCAUCGACUGCCAGGAGCCGAAGGUCCGCAAUGCAGAGCUGCGAUGUAGCAGUGGCUUUUUCAACGGCGCCCGAUGCACUGUCACAUGCAACAGUGGCUACGUGCUGCAGAUCCACCGGGACGAUGACCUCAUCAAGAGCCAGUCAGGAUCUACGGUGACCAUGACCUGUACAGAUGGCAAGUGGAACAAGCAGGUAUCCUGUGAGCCUGUUGACUGUGGCCUUCCUGACAAAUACCAUGUCCACCCUGCCAACUUCUACUUUCCUGAGGGUACCACCUAUGGCAAAAAGUGCACCUUCCAGUGCAGGGAACCUGCUCAGCUUGUAGGAACUAAUAACACACUGACAUGCAUGGAGGACGGCCUGUGGUCCUUCCCGGAGGCUUUGUGUGAGCUGCGUUGUCCUGCUCCUCCCAUCAUUCCCAAUGCUGUAUUGCAGACCAAACGUUGUAACGAGACUGGCCUGAAAGUGGGCUCACUUUGCAAGUACAAGUGCAAGCCUGGAUAUCACGCCACCAACAAGCCCAAGAGACGGGCAUUUAAGAUGCAGUGCACAGAGGAUGGCCGAUGGCUAGAGGGAUCAUGUGAGCCAGUGAUGUGUCCUCCACUUCCUCCGGUUUUCCAUGGCAUGUACCACUGCACUGAUGGCUUCCUGUUUGACAGCAUGUGUUGGCUGCAGUGCCACUCUGUCAAUAGCACGGCGAAGGCAUCCGCUCCCUGCAAGCAGCAGGGACCACACGCCAACAUGAUCCGCUGCAGGAAAGACGGAAACUGGACAGGAUCUUUCCAGAUCUGUCCACAAAUACAGGGUCAGUGUGCUUUACCGCGGAACCUGAAUACAGGAAUCCGGCUCAGCUGCAAGAAAGGACACGCUAUAGGUGCAGAGUGUGAGCUUUCAUGCAGGGACAUGAACAGUGAUGUGGUCAUCCUGCCUGACAACAUGACAGCUAGCAGUGUUCUGGAGCACCACUGGAUGAACCCACCCAAAGUCACGCAUAUAACAUGCACCAUGGGUCUGAAAUGGUUCCCUCAUCCCGAGGUCCUACAUUGCAUCAAAGGUUGUGAGCCUUUCCAGGGUGACAAUUACUGUGAUGCCAUGAACAACAGAGAAUAUUGCAACUAUGAUGGAGGAGACUGCUGUCAAUCGACUGUCAAGACUAAAAAGGUGAUCUUCUUUCCAUCAUCGUGUAAUGCACAGACUGAUUGCGCUUGCCGGGACCCCAAAGCACCAGAAAACAGGAAAGAUGAGCAUGUAUACUCUCUGGGCUGAGAGAAAGAAUGCAGCCAUUGGAAAGCCCAGCCAAAGACUGGGUUCAAGCAAGAUAUUCUUCCAGAUAUGCUGCUUCACAAGUGUACCUCUCCUGUCCUGUCUCACUCCUUCAUGUCAGCGUGUCUCCCUGCUAGCGUCUGUCACGUCUUGGAAGGUCUACCCAUCUACAACUCAUUGGGAAGAAAAAGAAGAAGGAUAGAAAAAAGAAGGCAGGUCUGGGUGUAAGAAUAUACCCAUUUGUAAAAAAGAAGGAAUUUUUUUUUCUCAUCAAACUAGAAAAAAAGAUGAUAGAUUCUGGUUCGCAUGCCUAUCUGUGCCAGCUUUCAGCAUUCACAUUUAUUCUGCUCAAGUUUGCAUGAGGUUGGCUGUAAACCCAAGGUGAAAGGAAACAUUUUGCAAAAUGUGUAGUCUUGACACCACAAGGGCUUUUUUUUGGUCUGGGGAAAAAAAAAAAAAAAUAAUAACUGGCGAAGCUCCAUCUUCUUUGUACUGAUAUGGGGUCGGUCACAAAGGGUACUAAAGAAAAGGCAGUCCACGCUGGUAAUACUUCCUGCAUCAGUCAGAAAACAAACGAUUUGACGUAUGUUUCCUUGCGAAAUUUGAAAUUCUCAGCUAUCAAAAUGUCCAAAAUAUAAAGGACCUACAAUUUCAAGUGCUUUCGAAAACUUUGGUAGUUAACAAAAAAAUCAUUAGCGUUUAAAACCGGUUACUCACUCAGUGUUCCUAAACAGAUAAGAUUUAAGGUAUAUGAUAAUAUCCACUCUAUGUAUCCAGACGAAUAUUUAGCAGGUCUUCAAAGACGGCAGUUGUUUUGACAUAAACCCAAAACCAACAUGCAAGUGAACUUGCCGUGUUAGCAUGGCUUCAGUUUACGUUGCUGCUACUCCUGCUGCUACUUCGCCAUCAUGGCUAAUCUUAGUUUGUACGGAGCUGCGGUUAAGACUGCCUUAAGAGUUACCUCAAGAUGCCAGAUUCAUCCAACAGUUCUCAAUUUAUGACCUCAAGGAUUUCAGUUAUAUAGUCCGCAUACAGUUUGAAUGUAAAGACGGAGUUAGCAUGUUUAGCCGUAUCACCAGCACUUAUCCAAAAAAUCUGAAAUCUUUUAAUUUGCUAAAUUAACAUCUUUCUCUUUAAACUGUCUGUCAAACAAAGUCAAAGAUCAGAGCAUAUUUGUGCCAAAUUUUGUACACCAGCAAUUCUCGAAUGGGGUCCAUGCACUACAGCCAAGAAAUAACAUCCCGCCAUUAUUAAAGUGCUUAUAUUUAUAUAGAGUUCUUAUCUAGAGAUACCAUGCAGUUUGACUGGUCCCUAAUGAAAUGGGUGUAAUCCAAACCCCAAAAGUAAGUCAGCCUACGAAUAACGUCUGCUCGAAACCCCCGACUGUGGCAUCGUCACGAUUCGAACAAGCGAUCUUUUAAUUAUCUUAUAUCAAAGCUGUAGUUGAUGUAUUGCUUAAUGCUAGUUAGCCUGCAUAACAUUUCUUCAGUCUUGUGCCCCUUUUCCACCGAGGCAGUUUGAGUGCUGGUUCGGAGCCUAAUUUAGAACCAGUUCUUUCUUUUUCGACAGCCAAAGCACCGGCUCUGUACCAGGAAAAGUGGUUCUUAAGUAGCACCAAAACGUUGCUGGUCUAGACUUAAGAACCACUUGUGUCACGGGCUGUGGGCGGGGCUGUAGGCGGGGCUACUGUUAGCGCCUUUGAUAAUGUACCUUAAGUAUACUAAUGUUUAAUACACUUUUACUUUACCGCGAUAUGAUACAUUAUCAGCACACAUGAUAGUAAGUAGCUACAUGCUAAGGCUAAAUUUUUUGUGUGUUAAUGAUAAAAUAACGUUAUGUACUUUCUCGAUAACAACCUCCGUUUAUACAGAUUACAUGGAGCUGCACGUACACGUUGGAUUCGCCGGGUUUGGGUGUUAAUGUAGGUUCACAAAGCCAUGAGCAUUAACAGUAAAGCAACAUCCGCCAUUGUUGUUGUGUUUGUGUUUGUCGCUGCUGCGCUAACGUUGCUGUGUAACGUGACACGUAUACAGUGACGUCAGACUCGGCUCUGUGAUGCUCUCUAACCGAUGGAAAGACAAACCGGUUCUUAGAAGGUUCUCCAGUGGAACCAACUUUGAACCAGCACCAGUGCUAGCUCUGAACCAGCACCCGGUUCUUUUUGGUGGAAAAGGGGCAAGAGUCUUCAGUUGAAUCCACAUCUGGACAAUUUUUAAAGUGCUGGUCCAUAGCAGUAUCCAGUAUUAGCAUCCAAACCAGUACUAUUUAAUACAGGUGUUUGAAAAUGUGUGAUGUUUAAAAAUGCCCUGAAUUUUAGAAAUUUGUAUUUGGUUUCCUGUUUCCUCUCCUUGCUUUUAAACCCCAGAUUCCUAAAGCGGGAAGUGCGUACGGCUCUGACUAGAGAACCUCGGGAAAUACAUGGAUGAAAGCGGCACAGAUUCUUUAGGCAUAGCAAACCAAGGAAGUCAUUCGAGGUGAAUGUCGCUGUAAAUAGUUCAUAGAGGCUUAUCAAGACAAUGAUUGUUUUUCGUAGCGCUUCUAUUAGUCAGAAAACAAACAAACAAACAAACAAACAAACAAACAAACAAACAAUCAAACAUCAGUUUUCCUUCAUUUAUAUUUCUUAAAAAAAGAGAAAAGAACAGAAAAAAUUCACUUUAUGUAUCAGUAAUCAGUAUUUGUAUUAAUGACCUCAGAUACUGCACUUUUGAGUAGCCAUUAAAGGGAAAGACUCCAAACUUUUAGAAAAAAA